GGGGACAAUCUGCUGGAGCUGGCAGAGGCCACGGUGACCCUGGCGGAGGUGAUGGAGCUAAAGGGCGACCCGACAGGCCUAGUGGAAGGCACCAUUAUCGAGAGCCGUUCCGAUAAGGGCAAGGGGUGGGUCUCCACAUGGCACAGCCACGGAUGAGAGCACGAUCUUAGCAUUUGGUUGUAGGAAUGGUGGCACCAAGCCUUCUAGCUUGAUUUAAUCGGGUUACAAAACUGCCAAGAUUCACACAAAAUCACAAUCUAAAAGCAUUAUAUUGUCAAAUGUAAAUAGUCCAUUAGAAUAUGAGUGAAAUUAUUGGACUAACAGAAAUGAAAAAUAGCCUUGGUAAACAUUUUUAAACUCUUUAAAUGAAUUUCAGUUCAAUAAGAUGCUGCUUACAAAUUUGUUUUUACAAAUGAUGUCCUGUUUUGCAGGCCAGUUACGACAGCAAUUAUCCAUCGAGGCACGCUAAAAAAGGGCUGCACUCUGGUGGCAGGGAAGACAUGGGCCAAGGUGCGGUUCUUGUUUGACGAGAACAACUGCACAGUGAAGGAAGCUGGGCCGAGCACUGCUGUGGAGAUAGUGGGGUGGAAGGAGCUCCCCUCUGCCGGUGAGGAGAUCCUGGAAGUCGAGUCUGAG